UGCUCUGGUUUCGUGUCAUACGUUGAAAAAUUUUCACAACAAACACAACCUCUCGUCCUCUUUUUCUUUUGACAAAUGAUUAUGCUUUCCUGUUUCCGAACAUGCACUUCAACUCUUUUAUAAAAGCCUCUCAUAUAGUUUGUAGUUCACACAUGUAUACACAUUAUAUUUUGGUGCAUAUCUUUAGCACUCAGUUUAAUUUCUGUCGACAUCAUGGCUGAAAUUGAAUACCAUGCAAGAUCCAGUUCUAGCACUCCACCGCCUCUAAAGCUGUUCGGCAUCAACAUUAACAAGUCCCCAAAAGAGGACACUGAUGAAUCAUCACGUUCAAAUAGAAAAUAUGAGUGCCAGUACUGCUGCAGAGAAUUCGCAAACUCACAAGCCCUAGGAGGUCACCAAAACGCGCACAAGAAAGAGAGACAACUCUUGAAACGUGCUCAAAUGCAAGCUGCUAGUGGCUUUGUUGCUUCACACAUCCAAAACGCGAUCAUGUCAUCAGGCUUCUCAUCACCAUAUCACCAACCUUUGUCAUGGUUAUGCACGACACAUGCUGGUGUUGGUUCUGGUGUUGAUCCUAAUAUUUCAGGAGCCUUUGUGGCUCCUGAAAGACAUGUUGUCUAUGCUGCGGCUGCUACUGUUUUCACUGAUGGCCGCGGCCACGGUCACCCUCUACCAGGGUUUGGUGACUUCAAGAGUGGUGGCGGUGAACGAGGGUUAGGCUUGGAUUUGCAUCUUAGCCUAUGAGUUAUCGUGAGUUAGAUUUUUCAAUUCAGCACUAUGUCAUUCAUGUGUAGCUACUUUUGUAUUCCGACUUGUAUGCCAAUGUAAAUUUUGUUUAAAUACUGCAUUGAUUA